CCUUCGUGCAAUGAAGAGAAUUUGUGGAAAAUCCUGGGGAAUUUGAAACUAUAGACCGUACUUUCUCUAUUUCCCCAUUGUUGUAAAACGAGGGGAAUUCACCACGAAUAUCAGUAAAAUUCUAAUCCUUGGGAAAAAAUCGGGACCUCAAACGAAUCCUUAGCUUUUCCGUUCAGUUAGUAUUUUCGGGUUCGAUGUAAUGUAAGCACGACGUCAAUAUAUUAUCGAAUUUCCGCCGUUUUAUAGUGUGUAGUAAAAAAUAUUUAUAGAUAGAUAAUGAUACCAAUUAUCUACAUAUCGAUUUGAGUUUCCGGCCCUUUGAAAAUCCAUAAUAUCCUUUUCGAAUAGGACAGCAUCGAUUAUCUGUGACGGUUGAUCGUGAUCCACUGAUUUUCUAAGGAUGUCAUUGAUUAUUUUAAAUAGAUCGUGAGAACCUUUGUGUUUGUGGAAAGUAUUCAGGAGUUCGAGAGUUAUGAUUUCUAAUGGAUCGGAUUCCUAAAAUUUCAACUCUUUCUACGUUGGAACAAAAAUAUCACAGAUAUUUCCAGACCUUCUUCAAAGAUCGCAGAAAAUACCGAGUUUAAUCUUUAAACUUUCAAACAUCAGAAUCCUUCCACGGAGGUCGGUGGAGCUCAAUUCGGGACGAGUGCGGUUCCAUCAUUUUCGGUUUUUAUAAAUCAAAGUGAAGAAAAUCUUUUAAGAAAAAAAAAGAAUUUAGAUUCGUUUUAGUGAAAUUUAAUUCCAUUAAAAAAAAUGUUAUUCUAAAGUGAAACUUAGUAUUUAAAAUAAUAUUUAAGUAAAUAUAGUUAAAUAUUUAGUAAAUGUGUUAUAGUGCAAGCUGUCCUCGUGGCUGAGGUUAAUUAGAACUUUUACAUUAAAAGUUGCAGUAAUAAAACUCUUCCGAUAACUUUGAAAAUGGUCGGUCAACGGAAUAUUUAAAACAUUUACGUGUCAGAAAUAAUGUUUGAACAAGAAGAACAUAACAAUUCCCAGAAAUUCCAAUAAAACUUAAAUAUCACACCUCUUCCAUCCUAGAUAAUAUUUAAAUGCAAAUUUUCCAAAAAUUACUUUCAACGACGUGCACCCUUUUGCUGUCGGUUCGGUUCCGCUGGUGUGCUACAAAUGCAUUCAGCAGACACGUCUGGUAGCAUGCAUGAGUAUCUCGAGCACAUCAGGAAUUGAGAACCUUCCUGUAAUGCAUACAAAAUGCAAUGAAUGCAUGUUUUCACCGGGAUAUGUGCAACAUCCACACUCGGCGAUAGUAAGGAAUAGUGCAUAUGUAAAUCGUUGAUAAUGUUGAUGUAGUUCGAAUUCGUAAAUAUCGUGGAUAAUCCUUGAAAUAGGAGGAGUUGUAGUGCAGAAUGGUACGACUACUGGAAAAAUCUGGUGGAAACAUUUUCAAUUACGAAUUAAAAUGUCAGAGAGGUUUUGCUGUGAAUGAAAUAAAUAUAAGAUGGCCAGAAAACCUCUAGAAUUAGAUUGGGGCCACAAAGUUUUGUCGUCGUUUUGAAUAGCAGUUUUGGCCCUAUUGUGAUAGAGGAUUUGCAAGUGUCAGUGUUUCAAUUGUUUAAAAGCUCCAGUGAGUGAUGAGAAUACACGGCAAAGUAAUUUGAGUGUUUUGUGCAGAUUUAAAAAGUUCCUAAGCCGAUUAUGGCGUAAUAACUAAAAUUAGUAGAAGUGAAAUUGAUCGUGAAGUCCACGUUGUACACCUGGUUCAAUAUAAAUAAUAAAAUUUAGUUUAAUUUCUUUAAAAAUAAUAUGCAAUUAAGAAAAAUUAUCAGAAGAAAAAGCGUAAGCCGUGAACGCUGCGCUGACAAACGCACAAAGAAGAAAAACAUAAAGUUGAAUUCAAUUUUUUUGAAUUCGCUUCAAUCGAUUGAUUGCCCAAAUGGCAAAAUUAACAAGUUCUCAACGAAUAGUUGAAAACUAACGAAAUAAGCAUAGAAAAAAGAGAAAAGUUGAAAAUCAAAAUCGAGCCUGUGUCGCUUGUCAACAAUAUUGAACGUAAAAUUGAAUCAACUUGAAGUUGAACGAAAUUUUUGAAAGAAUAGAUAUAAAUAUAAUUUUGGGUGGUUGUCAUCAAUAGAAUGGGGCUGCAAAUGGCAGCAUUGCCAGCAGCUAUUUUUGUUGGAAUUGUAUCGCUACUAUUGCUGUCAUGGAGUUUCGAUAUUGUGGACGCAUCGAAUGGAAAUUUAACCGAUCCUAAUUUAUAUGUUCAAUACAUGACACAUCCACCGCAGAUCAUCAAGAAGCCACAGAACCAGGGCGUUCGGGUCGGAGGUGUCGCUGUCUUCUAUUGCAGAUCGAGCGGAAACCCACCACCAACAAUUGUCUGGCGGAAAAAUACGAAGAAGAUAUCAUCUACCCAAAGUCGUUACACAAUAAUUGAUAAUGGUGGUGAAUCGAUACUUCGAAUUGAACCCGUUCGAGCUGGCCGUGAUGAUGCUCCUUAUGAAUGUGUUGCUGAAAAUGGUGUAGGGGAUGCGGUCUCUGCAGAAGCUACGUUAACUGUUUACGAAGGAGAUAAAACCCCGCACGGAUUUCCAGUGAUUACACAAAGCCCACUCACGAAAGUAAUCGAGGUUGGGCAUACGGCUGUGAUGCAGUGUAAAGCAGCUGGUAAUCCGGAACCCAUAAUGUACUGGAUAAAGAAUCAGACACGUGUCGAUAUGAGUGAUAGUCGUUAUUCGAUGAUUAAUGGAAGCCUUCAAAUUGUAAAUAGUAGUGAAGUGGAUCAAGGUAAAUACGAAUGUGUUGCGGAAAAUUCAGUAGGAACAGAACAUUCGAAAGCUACAUCCCUAUAUGUGAAAGUUCGUCGAGUACCACCAACAUUUUCCCGUCCACCUGAACCCCUGAACGAAGUGAUGCUUGGAGCGAAUUUGAAUCUAUCGUGCGUUGCGGUUGGGUCACCGAUGCCCCAUGUAAAAUGGAUGAAAGGCGCCCAGGACUUAACACCUGAAAACGAAAUUCCUGUUGGCCGUAAUGUUCUUGAGCUAACAAAUAUUCAACAAAGUGCAAACUAUACGUGUAUAGCUGCAUCUUCUCUAGGACAAAUCGAGGCUAAUGCUAUGGUGAAAGUGCAAUCAUUACCUACUGCACCUACAGAUGUUCAAAUAUCAGAGGUUACUGCAACAUCGGUGCGUUUGGAAUGGUCGUACAAAGGACCUGAAGAUUUACAAUAUUAUGUUAUCCAAUAUAAGCCGAAGAAUGCGAAUCAGGCAUUCAGCGAGAUCAGCGGAAUUAUCACUAUGUUCUAUGUUGUUCGCGCUUUGAGUCCUUAUACCGAAUACGAAUUUUUCGUAAUAGCUGUAAAUAAUAUUGGCCGCGGACCACCCUCCGUGCCAGCGACUUGUACCACCGGUGAGACUGGUGAUUUCGCAUUUGGAGGUGCCAAAAUGGAAAGUGCACCGAGGAACGUGCAAGUACGACCGUUAAGCUCAUCGACAAUGGUCAUAACCUGGGAGCCACCUGAGACACCGAAUGGACAAGUAACCGGCUACAAGGUAUAUUAUACGACGAACCCAAAUCAACCAGAAACAUCGUGGGACUCACAAAUCGUGGACAAUAGUGAAUUAACGACUAUUUCUGACCUUAGACCCCAGGCUAUUUAUACGGUUCGAGUUCAAGCAUUUACAUCAAUGGGUCCCGGUCCAAUGUCCACGCCCGUACAAGUGAAAACACAGCAGGGUGUCCCAUCGCAACCCAGCAACUUCCGAGCAACAGAUAUCGGUGAAACAGCCGUAACUUUGCAAUGGUCGAAACCCACGCAUUCUAGUGAAAAUAUUGUUCAUUACGAACUGUACUGGAAUGAUACGUAUGCAAAUCAGGAUCAUCACAAACGCAUAUCAAACACAGAAUCAUACACCUUAGAUGGUCUAUAUCCUGAUACUUUGUAUUAUAUAUGGUUGGCGGCACGCUCUCAACGGGGGGAAGGAGCUACAACACCACCAAUACCUGUUCGAACGAAACAGUAUGUACCGGGUGCACCACCUCGAAAUAUCAGCGCAGAAGCAACUAGUCCUACAACAAUUGCCCUGUCUUGGCUACCCCCACCAAUUGAACGUUCCAAUGGCCGUAUUAUAUACUAUAAAGUGUUUUUCGUGGAAGUCGGUCGUUCAGAUAGCGAGGCUACUAUCACGACCCUGAACGCAACCAGCAUUGUUUUGGACGAGUUGAAACGUUGGACUGAAUAUAAAAUCUGGGUUCUGGCUGGAACAUCGGUAGGGGAUGGGCCAAGUUCACAUCCGAUUACGAUUCGAACACUCGAAGAUGCACGAAAAAUGCCUGGUGAUCCUCAAGAAGUUAAGGCGACCCCACUUAAUUCGACGUCAAUUCAUGUUGCGUGGAAACCGCCACUAGAAAAGGACCGUAACGGCAUCAUUCGAGGUUACCAUAUUCACGUACAGGAAAUGAAAGAAGAGGGAAAAGGUUUCCUAAACGAGCCCAUGAAGUUCGAUGUCGUGGAUGCCUUAGAAUACAACGUAACCGGUCUCCAGCCGGACACUCGAUACUCCAUACAAGUUGCCGCACUUACGAGAAAAGGUGAUGGCGAUCGUAGUCUCCCUGUGAUAGUCAAAACGCCAGGAGGUGUUCCAGUUCGGCCUGUGACAACCAUAAAAAUUCUAGAAAGAGAUCCACGUGUAUCAAUUGAAUUGGAAUGGGAACGACCGGCUCAAACUUACGGCGAACUGAGGGGCUAUCGAUUAAGGUGGGGAAUAAAGGACCAACCGCUGCAUGAAGAAAUAAUUUCUGGUCAACAUGUGAACACAAAAAGAAUUAAAGACUUGGAGAGGGGAGUUAUCUACGAAUUCCGAGUGGCAGGGAUGAAUCAUAUCGGUAUCGGACAAGAAUACGUUAAAUAUCUUCCAACCCCAGAAGGCGUGCCAUCCGGACCGCCGGCCAACAUAUCAGUGAGGUUCCAGACACCCGAUGUUCUUUGUAUCACUUGGGACUCGCCAACAGCCGAACACAGAAACGGACAAAUCACUCGCUACGACGUUCAAUUCCAUAAAAAAAUCGACCACGGCCUAGGAUCAGAACGAAACACCACACUCCGAAAAGCGGUAUUCACAAAUCUUGAAGAGAAUACUGAAUACGUUUUCCGAGUACGCGCUUACACAAAACAAGGAGCAGGACCAUUCAGUGAUAAAUUGAUUAUCGCUACCGAACGAGAUAUGGGACGUGCUCCAAUGUCGGUUCAAGCCGUUGCAACAUCUGAGCAAACAGCAGAGGUCUGGUGGGAACCAGUUCCGUCACGUGGAAAACUUUUAGGAUACAAAAUUUUCUACACAAUGACUGCUGUCGAGGAUCUAGAUGAAUGGCAAACUAAAACAAUUGGUUUAACAGAAUCAGCCGAUCUUGUCAAUUUAGAGAAAUUUGCCCAAUAUGCAAUCGCGAUUGCGGCUAGAUUCAAAUCUGGUCUUGGACGCUUGAGUGAAAAGAUAACAGUUAAAAUUAAACCUGAAGAUGUGCCUCUUAAUCUACGCGCCCACGAUGUUAGCACGCACUCUAUGACGCUAAGUUGGUCUCCGCCCAUUCGACUUAAUCCAAUUAACUAUAAGAUUUCAUUUGAUGCUGUUAAAGUCUUUGUGGACUCACAAGGAUUCUCGCAGACCCAAAUCGUUCCGAAACGAGAGAUGAUGCUCAAGCAACACAUUAAGACGCACACAAUCAAUGAGCUAUCUCCAUUUACCACAUACAAUGUUAACGUGAGUGCUAUUCCUCCAGACUAUUCAUAUAGACCACCGACUAAAAUCACAGUCACGACACAAAUGGCAGCACCUCAGCCUAUGGUCAAACCAGACUUUUAUGGUGUCGUAAAUGGAGAAGAGAUUCUCGUUAUUCUUCCCCAAGCCUCUGAAGAAUAUGGACCGAUUUCGCAUUACUACUUAGUCGUUGUACCUGAAGAUAAGUCAAAUUUACAUAAAAACCCAGAUCAGUUUUUAACAGAUGAUUUACUACCUGGACGAAACAAACCAGAGCGUGCGAACGCUCCAUACAUCGCAGCCAAAUUCCCACAAAGGUCAAUUCCUUUUACUUUCCAUUUAGGAUCAGGUGAUGACUAUCAUAAUUUCACCAACAAAAAGUUAGACCGGGAUAAACGGUACAGGAUCUUUGUGAGAGCCGUAGUCGACACCCCUCAGAAGCAUCUCUACACGUCCAGUCCAUUCUCGGAAUUUUUAUCACUUGAUAUGCGUGAAGCGCCACCUGGAGAACGACCACAUCGGCCAGAUCCGAACUGGCCACUUGAUCCUGAAGUUUCGGUGAAUAGAAACAGCGACGAACAAAGCAUGCUCUGGGUUGUUCUGCCGGUUUUAAUCGCGCUAAUCCUGUCUUCUUCAUUCGUCAUUUUGUACAUAGCCAGACGUCGCAGACAGCCUUGUAAAACACCUGAUCAAGCAGCGGUGACACGACCACUAAUGGCGGCUGAUUUAGGCGCAGGACCAGCUCCUAACGAUCCUGUUGAUAUGCGACGGUUGAAUUUCCAAACCCCUGGAAUGAUUAGCCAUCCUCCCAUUCCAAUAUCUGAAUUUGCUAAUCACGUCGAACGUCUGAAAGCGAAUGACAAUCUGAAAUUCUCUCAAGAAUAUGAAAGUAUUGAGCCUGGGCAGCAAUUCACAUGGGAUCAUUCCAACUUGGAAUACAAUAAAAGCAAAAAUCGCUAUGCAAACGUUACGGCUUAUGAUCACAGUAGAGUCCAUUUGCAACCACUCGAUGGUAUUCUGGGUUCUGAUUACAUAAAUGCUAACUACUGCGAUGGAUACCGGAAGCACAACGCCUACAUAGCUACACAAGGACCUUUGCAAGAAACCUUUGGGGACUUUUGGAGGAUGUGUUGGGAACAGAAAUCCACUACGAUUGUUAUGAUGACACGGCUGGAGGAGCGGGCUCGAAUCAAAUGCGAUCAAUACUGGCCGUCUCGUGGUACUGAAACGUAUGGUCAGAUAUUUGUAACCAUUACUGAAACCCAAGAGCUCUCGACAUAUAGCAUAAGAACCUUCCAAAUUUGCAAGCAGGGUUCUAACGAACGCAGGGAAAUGAAACAACUUCAAUUUACUGCAUGGCCCGAUCAUGGUGUACCCGACCAUCCCGCUCCAUUCCUUCAGUUCCUGCGACGUUGUCGAUCGUUGACCCCUCCCGAUUCCGGUCCGGUAGUUGUUCAUUGUUCAGCCGGCGUGGGACGGACAGGAUGCUAUAUAGUGAUCGAUUCUAUGUUAGAACGGAUGAAACACGAAAAGAUCGUUGACAUCUACGGGCAUGUUACUUGCCUACGAGCUCAAAGGAAUUAUAUGGUGCAAACCGAGGAUCAAUACAUUUUCAUUCACGAUGCAAUCUUGGAAGCUAUCAUCUGUGGAAAUACUGAAGUGCCAGCCCGAAACCUUCACUCCCAUUUACAGAAGCUAAUGCAAACCGAACCUGGUGAAAACAUCACCGGAAUGGAAAUUGAAUUUAAGAAAUUAUCAAAUGUUAAGACUGAUUCAUCGAGAUUCGUAACAGCCAAUCUACCGUGUAAUAAGCAUAAGAAUCGUUUGGUUCAUAUAUUGCCGUAUGAGUCGACAAGGGUCUAUUUGACCCCGAUCCAUGGUGUGGAGGGUAGUGAUUAUAUAAAUGCAAGUUUCAUUGAUGGCUAUCGAUAUCGUUCCGCGUAUAUUGCUGCACAAGGUCCUCUACAGGAAACCGCCGAGGACUUUUGGAGAAUGUUAUGGGAACAUAAUUCAACUAUUGUUGUCAUGUUGACAAAGCUGAAAGAAAUGGGAAGGGAAAAGUGUUUCCAAUAUUGGCCACAUGAACGUUCUGUACGAUAUCAAUAUUAUGUUGUUGAUCCUAUUGCCGAAUAUAAUAUGCCUCAAUAUAAGCUUAGGGAAUUUAAGGUAACCGAUGCACGCGACGGUUCAUCGAGAACAGUUCGACAAUUCCAAUUUAUCGAUUGGCCCGAACAGGGUGUACCUAAAUCCGGUGAAGGUUUCAUUGAUUUUAUCGGACAAGUGCAUAAAACGAAAGAACAAUUCGGACAGGAUGGUCCGAUUACGGUGCAUUGUAGUGCUGGUGUUGGACGUACCGGUGUAUUCAUUACACUCAGCAUCGUCCUAGAGAGGAUGCAGUAUGAAGGUGUGUUAGAUGUUUUCCAAACGGUGCGAAUUCUAAGAGCGCAACGACCAGCUAUGGUGCAAACUGAGGAUCAAUACCAUUUCUGCUACCGUGCAGCUCUGGAAUACCUAGGCUCCUUUGAUAAUUACACAUCUUAAAAAAUUAAAGUAUAUUGCCAUGGAGUCCUUCUACAAUGAAAACCAAGGCGAAUCAGAUCUUCUUAAGGAUACUCCAUAUUUCGGAAAGCUUAUCAUAUUCGUAUUCCAGACAGGACUUUUCCUAAUUCGAUUUGAAAUCAAAGCAUCAACUUCGCAUAUGUUAGACUCAUAACUGCCGACAGGAUUCUUCUCAAACUCUUCAAUCAAACGCCAAGACGGGUUCAUAUUAAUAGAAAGUAGGCUAUCAUUUGGUGUUUGGACAACAUUCAUUGGAAUUCGAAGAACAUACUUGAAGAACAAUUGGCAGAGCGAGUUAGGAAAACUAGUUCUUCAGUGAAACAGGAGGAGAAAAUAAAUUGCAAGUAAAUAUUAUAAAUAUUACAGAAAAUAUGAGAAUAUUAGGAAACCACAAUAAAGAGGAAAAUAACUUAGGAGUUAGAAAUUUAGCUGAAUCUUGACUAGACUUAGGAAUAGUCAAUAAAACAUUGGAUUGAAAUUGAAAUUGAUCGACAAACGAAUCACGGGGAAGACCUUAAAACAGGACCUAGUAACACGAAAAAUCGAAGCAGCAGGAAUCGUUUUAUUGAAAUUACUUGAACGGUUAAAUUAAAUUAAUUUAUUCGUUUAGAAUGUCGCGUGUGACGUUCAUAUUCCAAAAUCAAGACAAGCGUCCUUUAGCAGUGGGAACAUCACCGCUAAUUGUGACUAAUGAUUCCCAAGCGAUGCUUCGGAGUAGAAAAUUAAUGAAAUCUCAUAUGUGUACUAUGAGAAACUUGUAAAGCUGUUUCAUUCUAAGUCGAAUAUGAUUUCCAGGAUUAGUUUUAAAAGAGUUUGUGAUAUUUCCAGAAAUGAGUCGAAUAUACAUCACAUUGAUAGGAUAUUUCAAAGAGGUUAGUGUUCCAGUGCCACCCGGUGUAGUUGUGUUUGAAAUUGUUUGAGUACGGUCGCAAGUGAUAUUAUCCUUAUCGGUUGACUUGAGUUUGAAUUGAUCAGAAACAAUCCGCUGUUCAGAAGUUUUAUACUUGGUUUACUUGGACCAGGAUGCUCCGUUUAUCAGGAAGAGUUUUUAAUUUUGAAAAUUGAAAUCGAUGGGUAAAUACUGACGCUCUGUAUACUUAAUUAAAUGUAUAUUGACCUUUGAAAUUUCGGAAAAUUUUCCAAUUUAUCUUAUUUAUUUAUUUCAUCUCUGAUUAACAUCUACUGCUGGUAUUGAAUGACCAUUGCUUGCAAUCAUAUUUUGUUUGCUGUGCCCGUUUUUUCAAGGAGCGUAAGGCAUCUCCAUGUCUCCCUCUGUAGCCGUUUCUAAGUUGAUAGAUUAUCUGGAGUCGUAUUUUACUGGUACAAAACUUCUGAACAACUGCGAGUGUGUUAUCAGUUCAAUGUAACAUGUGAUGGUGAAAAUGCAUAUCACUAUGAAAUUCAGCGCUACUUGCCGCUGUGAGAUGUAAGCUGAUUAGCAAUAUUCGUUCGCUAUGUCUAUUUUAAGCGGAAAAGAAUUCAACGCAGGUUAAAAACGGAGCAAUAAGGAAUAUAUAUUCUUUAGUUCAUAGUCAAUUUAGUAAUAUUACUAUACCUACUCGGUUUGUACGAGAUCUUCGAUGUUUCUUGCAUGAGUUUACUUGCAGAUAAAUUUUAUUGUGUGAAUCGACGGUAGGUUCGUGAAUUUUAUAUUGCUAGAAAACGCUUGAUGGCAUAUCAAAGUAAUUUUUAACGAGAGCUAGCUAAAAGUAUUAUAGAGUUAUAAGAGAUGUAAUAAAUGUAAUGUGACUGUUUCUUAGGUGGAAGCUUUGAAAUUGAUUAUUAAUAAAAUGGAACGAGCACUAAUCCUCUAUCAAAUCUGAUUGCAUAUCCAAACAAUAGGAAAAGCCGAAAGCAUUAUUGAAAAAGUAAUACUACCUUGAUCAAAAAGUUCCCGGAAGUCAUUAAAAAAUAAACAAUAUAAUACCCCCAUUGACUGCAACGCAUUUAUGCCAGCGCUUGGUUCAGUCCUGGAAACAUUUUUAAAGUUCUACAUUAGGUAUCUCCAUCAGGGCCAUCUAGGAUUUUUCCAUUAUCUCCUCUCGGCUACUGAAACGCGUUGCUCUCAGUGGUUUUUUGAUUCAAUUGAGGAGAAAGAAAUGGCAUGAAGCCAAAUCAGGUGAAUUCGGUGGUUGUUUUUAGCCAAAAACUGACGGAUAAUGAUGACAUUGUGCGAGGGUGCAUUAUCGUGAUGCAAGAUCCACAAGUUGUUCGCCCACAAAUGCUGGCGUUUUUGACAGACUGCUCCACGCAAACGUCUCAAAACGCCCAAAUAUUAUUCCUUAUUGAUAGUCUGACCUUGUGGCAAGAAUUAACUAUGCACCACACCGUG